AUGGAAGAUGUGGUGAUUAUUAAAAAGAUCCUGCAAUCCAUGACUUCCAAGUACGACUAUAUGGUAUGUUCGAUCGAGGAAUCGAAUGAUUUGGAUAUCGUAUCCAUAGAUGAGCUUCAAAGUAGUCUUUUGGUGCAUAAACAAUGGAUCAGCCGCUACACUGUGGAAGAACAAGCCCUUCAGAUCACUCACCGUCCUCAGCAAGGAGGAAGAAGUGGUGGAAAAAGAAAAGGCAACAUUCGCAUGGAGAUGAAUGGGAUCGUGCAGGUGAUAACUGAAGUUUUCUUUGUACCCGAGUUGAAGAACAACCUCCUAAGCAUGAGACAUUUUCAAGAGAAAGGUCUUGCGGUUGUCAUGCAACACAAAAAAUGCAAGAUCUACCAUUAUGAAAGAGGUUUACUAAUGGAGACCGAGAUGACAGGCAAUAGAAUUUGGACUGGUCUUAAGGUGAUUCAACGGAAGAAUAUGGUGCAUGGACUGCCUCAGUUGAAGGCUCCCUUGAAUACAAACUUGGGUUUAUUCUUGGUUGAAAAAUUAGAAGCAUUUGCAAGCUUUAAGUCCUACAAAGCUAGGGUUCAGAAAGAAACUGGUGCAUUCGUAAGGAAUCUUCGAACUGAUCGCGGAGGGGAUUUUACUUCACAAGAAUUCACUCACUUCUGUGAUGAGAAUGAUAUUCAAAGGCAAUUAACAGCUGCAUAUACACCUCAACAGAACGGGGUCGCGGAGAGAAAGAAUCACACUAUCAUGAAUAUGGUGCGCAACAUGCUGUCAGAGAAACAAAUUCCAAAGAAAUUCUGGCCUGAGGCAGUAAACUGGAUAGUGCACGUUUUAAAUAGAAGUCCAACACUUGCCGUAAGGAGCAAGACUCCCGAAGAAGCCUGGAGUGGUCACGAGCCUUCAAAAACCAAAGGUGGAACUGGGAUGACAGUCACAAGGAAACUAUCUUGGCGGAUCUGGAAUGGGAGGAAGAAGAAGAACAAGGAUUAUGUAAGUGGUCAGGGCCUGUCUGAUGAAGAACACGGCGAUAUGGUUCAUCUAGCCUUAUUUUCUAACAGUGAUCCCUUGACGUACGAGGAAGCAGUAAAGAGUGACAAAUGGAGACAUGCCAUGGAUGUAGAGAUCAAAGCUAUCGUGAAGAAUAACACAUGGGAACUCGUUGAACUUCCACCUGGAGUAAAAACGAUCGAAGUCAAAUGGGUUUUUAAAACGAAGCUCAAUGAAAAUGGUGAAGUGGACAAAUAUAAGGCUCAACUUGUCGCGAAAGGGUAUAGUCAAAAGUAUGGUUUGGAUACCAUUCGAGCAGUCAUCUCACUUGUUGCAUGCAAGAGCUGGAACAUCUACCAACUAGACGUUAAAUCUGCAUUUCUGCAUGGAGAGAUAGAUGAGGAAUUAUUCAUGGAUCAACCACCAGGCUAUGAACAAUAG